AUGGUGCACUCCUUAAGCCCGUGCACUGACGGCAGCGCCUCCCCAUGUGGGGUGGCUGUGCCGCAGCCCAUCGCCGACAGCUGCAAUGAGCCCUGUGUUCGACAGUGUCCUGAUUCCAAGGUGGUGAUCUACCCGCCGCCGGUGGUCGUGACCUUCCCUGGACCCAUCCUCAGCACCUUCCCUCAGCAGAGCAUCGUGGGAUCUGCGGGAGCCCCUGAAGUUGGGGGCUAUGGGGGCCUCUACGGCUACCGCGGCCUCUACGGCUUUGGGGACCGGUAUGGCUACGGCGGUCUGUACGGUUACCGGGGCAUUUAUGGCUCUGGGGACUACUGUGGCUACGGGGGUCUGUAUGGUGGCUAUAGGGGCUUCUAUGGCUCUGGGGACUGCUAUGGCUACCCAGGCUUUUACUCCAACCGCUAUGGCUACCCCUUCGGUUCACGA